UGCGGGGGCAAGAUCGCGGACAGGUACUACCUGCUGGCGGUGGACAAGCAGUGGCACCUGCGCUGCCUCAAGUGCUGCGAGUGCAAGCUGGCCCUGGAGUCCGAGCUCACCUGCUUCGCCAAGGACGGCAGCAUUUACUGCAAGGAGGACUACUACAGGAGGUUCUCCGUGCAGAGAUGUGCCCGCUGCCACCUGGGCAUCUCCGCCUCCGAGAUGGUCAUGCGCGCGCGCGACGCCGUCUACCACCUGAGCUGCUUCACCUGCUCCACCUGCGGCAAGACGCUGGCCACGGGCGACCACUUCGGCAUGAAGGACGGCCUGGUCUACUGCCGCGCGCACUUCGAGAGCCUCCUGCACGGGGAGUUCCCGGCGCCGCUGAGCUACACCGAGCUGGCGGCCAAGGGCGGCGGCCUGGCGCUGCCUUACUUCAAUGGCACGGGCACCGUGCAGAAGGGACGGCCCCGCAAGCGGAAGAGCCCGGCCCUGGGAGUGGACAUCGUCAAUUACAGCUCAGGUUGCAACGAGAACGAGGCCGACCCCCUGGACCGCGACCAGCAGCCAUACCCGCCCUCGCAGAAGACCAAGCGCAUGCGCACCUCCUUCAAGCACCACCAGCUCCGGACCAUGAAGUCCUACUUCGCCAUCAACCACAACCCGGACGCCAAGGACCUCAAACAGCUCGCCCAGAAGACGGGCCUCACCAAGCGAGUGCUGCAGGUUUGGUUCCAAAACGCACGAGCCAAAUUCCGAAGGAACCUCUUGCGGCAGGAGAAUGGGGGUGUGGAUAAAGCCGAGGGCCCGUCGUAA